AUGGCCAAUGUUGUCAGGGCUCAUGAAUUUAUAUAUACUGGAGGAAACACGGUAGACGGUGCGAAGGUAGAACACGCCCUUGGAGAGGGCUCAUGGAUACCUACUCUGAACCAGUUUGUGGACAAGCUUGGAUCUCUAGGCCUCAAUCCAUUUUGCAUGCUCGUUGUCGACUUCAUGCACGAGUACGAACUGGGUACCUGGAAGGCUUUGUUCACACAUCUUAUCAGGCUUUUGUAUGCCCUUCCUCAGGGUAGUGAGCUCGUCGCAGCCCUGGAUAGCAGGUAUGAGGAGGUCCCAACCUUUGGCAAUGGCAUCAUUCGUAGAUUUUCAAAUAAUACGUCUGAGAUGAAAAGAUUGGCAUCUCAUGAUUUUGAAGAUAUCUUACAGUGCGCCAUUCCAGUCUUUGAAGGGUUGUUCCCCGAUAAACAUGAUGCAAUGGUGCAGUCUCUGUUGUAUCAAUUUGCGCAAUGGCAUGCUCUUGCCAAGCUCAGGCUUCACUCAGAGUCUACAGUCAAUUUUCUCGAAGAAACAUUCAAGAAGCUGUUGCAGAAGUUACGGAAGUUUCAAGCGUCUUUCUGUGCCACCUUCAACGCCAUUGAACUACCUAAGGAGAAAGCAGCUUGCCAGCGAAAAGCUGCUCAACACCCGGAAACAAAUGGUUCUCUUCUGGAAUCCAAUGGGCCAAGGACGAAGAAAUUCAAUUUAAGUACCUAUAAGUUUCACGCAAUGGGAGACUAUGUGAGAACCAUCAGGCUCUAUGGGACAACAGAUUCCUUCACUACUCAGAUUGGAGAGCUUGCUCACAGAACGCUAAAGGCAUUUUAUCUGCUAACUAACAAAUUAGAUACCCCAGCACAGUUGGCCAAGCACGAGCAUCGGCGCCAUGUACUAUGGCAGGCAAGAGAGGUUGGAGAUUUACUCUCUAGUAGUCAACAGCCGGCCCAUAGUUCCCCCCCAUUGGCGUCCAAUGAUGACUUGAAGCAUCACCAUAUUGCAACUACUCAGAACAACCCAGUCGACCUAUUUACAUUUCUCUGA